CACAUCCAGCCCAAGGCCCUCUGUUUUUGUAAUCCUCUUCCUCUAAUAUUUUCAGGUCUGGGGUAAGCUUACAAAUGGAAAGCCAUAUCAUAUGGUUAAAUAUUUAAAAAGUAUAAAUCGAGUAACAAAUUGUUAGAUAAAAUAUUUUGUUCUCCUGCUUUGGCAAAUGUACAUUUAUAUGUAUAAGGCCAGGUUCACUUUUAGAUUUCUUAGACUCCUUGAAAACCUGGAAACACAACUGGAAUGUGGUAAUGUAGCCACAACUAGACCCCUGACUUUUCCCACCCCCCUUUCUCUUCUGGUCUUUUACUCCCACCUACAUUGCUAAAAGGGUGCAUAUAGGGUGUGGAUACUCCAAGACACAUCCAUGUUUUGCCCAUGCCCUAUGCAGCUAUGGGCAUCUUUCAGGUCUAGGGGUGCUUAACAACGGAGAAUACCUCCAGGAAGAAAUCAGAAAGACUCAUUCAGGUCCUGGCAUCCUUUGGGCCAUAAUUUUAGAGGUGUGGGUAUCUUGAACCUGGUCUUAAUUAGAAGAGGGAAACUAGACUUUGGCUUUCAGAGUUUCACAGAAGUUUCCUGUAUCACCUUCUAUGAUGUCUACCAAGAGAAGUCAGACCCAGAAGAUGAGGCUGCCUACAUUUACUCAAAAGGUACCACUGGUGGUGCCAUCCCCAACAGAGAAGGACUGGUCUAAGGAUAACAUAGAGGAUUAUGUCAUCAAGGACCUAGAUCAGGGGGUGGAUUCCCUGCCUCAGCCUUAUCGAAUGAUCAAUAAGCUGGUGAAUCUUGUGUUUGACUUGGCAUGGGAACUUAUUGAAGAGAGGGAUACCUUGAAGGAAUCUGAGAGCGAUUGCAUCCAGCUCACUAUCUACCCUCCACUGACAGAAGUCCAGCUAAACAAAAUGCCCAAUUGUAUGGCUAUUUCCCAAGACUAUGUAUUUAUUGGAGUAGGCAAAGGAUUCUUCAUCUAUAAUCUGUACAACACUAAACGGAUAUGUACUUGGGAGAAACUUAAGGUUGAUGUCACCUCCAUCUGGGCCACAGAUUUAGGAAAUGAAAUACUGAUUGCUCUCCUGGAUGAAAUGGGUAUCAUUAGACUGUUUUACUUUUAUAAGGAUAGCCUUUUCCUAAUCAAAGCCAUCAAUGAAGUGGAGGAUACCAGCAAGCAUAACACCUGUGUAAAGAUGGCGAUCUCUCAGGGUGGGGACUUUGCAGCCUUCCUCCUACAAGGAGUUGGAGAUGUUUGGCUGGAUGUGUAUAAGUUGCCCAAGGAGUCUUGGCUCAAGGAAGCGGAGCAUCCCCAAGUCACUUCAAAUGCAAAGAAAAAAGCCAGACAGACACAACUGAACUCUGUCGAUCCCACUCCUGUAGAUAACUUAGAAAUGGAUAUGAACAUUUAUUUUAGAGGUGAUAUUAAGUUGAGUUUUCCAGUUCCCAUAAUGAAGAUCAAACCACCUAAACCUAUAACAGGCACGACAUUUAAAAGUCCUCUAGAAGUCUUUGCAAAGAUAGAAGACUGCUAUGGGCUGGGCUCUGGGCAGAAUCACUUCAUCAAGGAGAGUCAGUGGGAACACCAAGAAGAGAUCUUCUACACCUCCUACAGGAAGUUCCUGGAUGGGGAAUGGGAGGAGGAGCCACUCAGUUCGGCCACAUUCCACUUCCUCCUUCCCAGCUGCCUCACUGCAAUGCCAGCAGAAGUCAGGAGCCCCUCAGGAGUAGCCUGCAUCCUUGGCAUACACUGGACCAGAAGUCACAACUUCUUCCUCUAUUCACUCAACCGAACUCUGAAGGAUAAAGCUGACCCUGAGGGUGUGUGGCCCUGUGCUGCGCCCAUUGUUGUCUCUCAGCUCAGCUGCUCCUCCUCCUACCUGGUGCUGGCCUGUGAGGAUGGUGUGCUCACCCUGUGGGACCUGGCUGAAGGAUUCCCCCUUGGGGUCGUUGCUCUUCCUGAAGGAUGUACCUGCCAAAGUCUUCACUUCCUAAAAUACUUCUUGAUCCACAAAGGACAGAAAAUGUUUCCUGAGGGACCAGUGAAAUCCCAGAUGAAAUGUGUGGUGCUGUGCACAGAUGCUUCCCUCUAUCUGGUGGAGGCCAGUGGGACCCAAGAACCUACCAUCAGUAUGCUUGUUGAGAGGCCCACAAAGCAUAUAGAUAAAGCCAUCUGUGCAGUGGCCCCAGUCCCAACCUUACCUGGCAUGGUGCUGAUCUUUUCCAAGAAUGGCUCUGUGAACCUCAUGGAUGUGACCAAGGCUGAAGUCAUCUGUGCCUUUGCUCCCCCAAGAUCCUACCAUCUGGAGGUGCCCUGGGAGCCGUUAUUUGUUGUGUCUUCACACCAUCCAUGUUUCCUGCUCCACGGGGGCUGUCCAGCUGAAACUGAAGCCACCACAGAUAACGCCAAUGACCCUUGGAAUUCUGUAUUCUAUUUCAAUUUUGAGACCUAUCCACUCCUGGAAAACAUCUCCAAAAACUGCACCAUUCCUCUGAAGGACUUGGUAGAUGACAAGGUGUUCUCCCGCGUGCUGCCAUUGGAGGAAAGAUGCCAGCGUUUCCUCCAGAAGAGCUUCCAGACACUGAAGAAGAACCAGAUGAAAGGACACGAUCACUGGGCCCGACUUCGGAAGUACUCCUUGAUUCUCCAGAAAGAGAACACCAAGAAAUUCACUCCAGGGACUCUCUGAAGAGGCUUCAAAUAGGUAGGGUCUCCCCACCAUGCCCUGAAGUAAAAGGACACAGUGACAAAAAGACACAACUCGAGGGUUCUGGACUUGGGGUCUGGGACCUCUUCAGAGCUGGCCAGGGGAAAGGUAUAUUCUGGAACCUUUGAACACUAAGCCUCUUGUCAGUGCCCUCCAGUGGGCAGAUGUGUCACCCAAAUAAACAGUGAUAGUGUUUCCAGCCUCUAA